AUGCUCUCAAUAUUGGUCACCGUGAGCUUUCUCUGCACAGCCACUGCCAUUGCUGAAGUAAUGGAAGUGACUCAGCCAGCAAUUGUGCUGGCCAACAGGCAAGGAGUUGCCAGCUUGGUGUGUAAAUACAAGAACAUCGGGAAUGCACAGGAAAUUCGAGUGACUUUGCUUAAACAGACUGGUGACCAGAUCACAGAAAUCUGUGCUUCAUCAUACACCAUGGAGUUCAAAACAUUCUUUGUGAAAAAGAUCAUUCAGUGCCACGUUACCCCUGGCCAAAACAAUGUGACCCUCACGCUGGCUGGCCUGCAAGCAAAUGACACUGGGCUUUACAUUUGCAAGAUGGAGAGGAUGUACCCCCCACCCUAUUUCAUGAACAAGGGAAAUGGCACACAUCUCUAUGUCAUUGAUCCAGAACCUUGUCCAGACACUGCCAUAUACCUCUGGGUAUUAGGAGCUACUGCCUCAGGAUUUUUUCUCUACAGUAUCAUCAUCUCAGCCAUUCUUGUGGGCAAAGCGAUAAAGAGAAGACGAUGUCUCACUACUGGAGUCUAUGUGAAAAUGCCUUCUGAAAAGCUAGAGAAAAAAGUGAUUCCAUUCCAUAUCACUGUUAACUGUAACAAGGAAGGAGAGAAACCAUUUCCUAGCUGGGAUGGAGUGUCUGCUAAUUCAUUUCAGUUAAAGAAAUAA